AAAACAAAAGUUGUGGUACUUCAUAGCCGCUUUAAGUGCCCAACCUUCUCCACCAAUAACCAGCAGGCAGCAAAAACGAGCUCUACCUAACACUCUGUCCAUCUUUCAGCACAAACAAACAAAAGGGUUGUUUAAAAGCCCGGCUUUUUGGACAGCCGAGUUUUCUAAAGCGUUUUCACUUCAGCUGAAAAAAGUGAUCGUUUUUCUGUUCCGAGCUUUGGGGUCCUUUUUUUGUUCCCUCGAAAUUUCCGGCAAUGACGCCAUUGGGAAUUCUUGGUAUACUGUUUCUGCUGCUUGCUUUAUACUGUGGGAUAGACCCUUUUAAGCACAGUGCAAUCUCAGGAUUUCCUGACUUUGAGGCUUACAAGGUGGAUAUGCCUUCAUGGGAACUGUCUCCGACGGUGAGGGACAAGGAUAAUUUGCUUCAGAAAUCAGAGAUUAAGUUCUUGAACCAGAUUCAGGGCCCGGAGAGCAUCGCGUUUGACCCUCUUGGACGUGGUCCUUACACUGGUGUUGCUGAUGGUCGGAUUCUCUUCUGGGAUGGAGAAAAAUGGAAGGAUUUUGCUUAUACUUCAAGCAAUAGGUCAGAACUAUGUAACCCAAAGCCAUCACCACUGAGUUACCUGCCAAAUGAGCAUAUCUGUGGCAGGCCUUUGGGCCUUCGAUUUGAUAAGAACACUGGAGAUUUAUACAUUGCGGAUGCAUAUUUGGGGUUGUUCAAGGUGGGUCCGGAAGGCGGAUUAGCAACAUCACUUGUAACCGAGGCAGAAGGGGUGCCACUGAGGUUUACCAACGACCUUGACAUUGAUGAUGAAGGAAACAUAUAUUUUACUGAUAGCAGCAGCAUAUACCAGAGGAGGAACUUCAUGCAGCUGGUUUUUUCUUCUGAGAGUAGUGGGAGGCUUCUGAAGUAUAAUCCACACACAAAGGAAGCCACUGUCCUUGUGAGAAAUAUCCAAUUUCCUAAUGGUGUAUCCUUAAGCAAUGAUGGUUCUUUUCUUGUCUUUUGUGAAGGAUGUCUCGGCAGAUUACACAAGUACUGGUUGAAAGGUGAGAAAGCAGGGACUUCAGAGGUAUUUGCCAUCUUACCAGGAUUUCCUGACAAUGUCCGCACGAAUAAAGAUGGCGAAUUUUGGGUAGCAAUUCACUGUCGCAGGUCCAUUUACGCUCAUGUAUUGGGAUUAUACCCAAAACUUAGGAAAUUCCUUUUAAAGCUCCCCAUCUCUUCAAAGAUUCAAUACCUGCUUCAUGUUGGGGGUAAGUUGCAUGCAAUAGUUGUCAAAUACAGCCCAGAGGGAAAGCUGUUACAGGUUUUAGAGGAUAGUGAGGGAAAGGUUGUCAGAGCAGUUAGCGAAGUUGAAGAGAGGGACGGCAAACUAUGGAUGGGGAGUGUUCUCAUGCCGUUUGUUGCAGUUUACGACUUGGCUUAAGUUGACUCACUUGGCAUGCUGAAUGUGGCCAUCUUCAUUUUUGGCUUUGUUUCCCCAUGAAAAGUCAGAAUCUUUGAAGAUCUGAAUUGUGCCACUGCAGUAUACAUCUUUUAAUUUGAUUUCUAGGUGUAUACUUGUUAUCGGUAUGGCUUUAUCAGAAAGAAGUUAAGACUUUAUUACUGCAAUUGCAAGAUUUCUUGUUUAAACAACAGUCAAACAACCUCCUUCCCUGCCCCGGACAUAGUUUAUGUCUCCAACAAUUAAUCCUGCUUGAAUAA